AUGCAAUUGCAUUGGCUCUCUAAUACUGAGUCAUCGACGAGAUUACCACCCGAGCUCAUCAACACCAUCCUCAACUACAUGCCACGAUGCGAUCUAUAUCAAGCUGCAUUAGUUUCAAAAGUAUGGUAUGCACAUGUGAUGCCACGGCUGUAUGCUCAUGUGUGUAUAUGCACUGGGUUUGACUGGGUUUGCUUUGUGCGUACAGUAUUGCAACGGGAGCAUUUUCAAUUUGGUGCCAGCGUACGAUCGCUUGUUCUUAAACCAUCACCAGCACUGGCUCCGUCAAGGCAGUUUCAGCAUCGAGGAGCACCAAGGGGAUACACAUUGGCUGAAGGCAUUGAUCGAGAACGCACGGGACUAGAAGAAAUGACGAGCAAUUAUCCAGAGAUCGAUACAACUACCAAGGAAGCAGAAUGGCUCAAUAAGAUGGUGUCUCAACGUGAAAUGCAAGCAGUAUUGGCACGAUUUCCACAAUUGGAGUAUUUGGAUGUCAGUGGUUGUGAACAACUUGGAGACUUGCCAUUCCCUUCUACUUUACAAGGUGCUUGGUUAUCAUUGGUGCGUGGUCUCUCUUCGGAUGGCUUGCUUGCUCUCACACACGCUACAGACCUUGUCCAUCUCGACUUGUCAUUUUGUCUACAAAUUGAUGAUCAAGCCUUUACAAAGGCUAUUCGCCACUGGCCACAUCUUACCCACGUUCGUCUCAAUUCCCUGUACGGCUUAACAGAUACCAGCAUCAUUGCCCUUGCCAACAAUUGCCCUAAUCUCGAGCUUCUUCACUUGGUUCGAUGCUGGCAAGUCUCCAAUACAGCUCUCUUUACAUUGGUGGAGCAUUGUCCAAAGCUUGAAUAUGUAUCGGUUGCCUAUCUUGGUCGUGCAGAUGAACAAGGUGUUGGCUCUCUUGUUGUACGACUUGCCAAAUUGAAAUGGAUCGACAUUACAGGCUGUGGCAUCAAUACCUUACUCAAACCUAUGUUUACCGAGAAUUGGAACAAGACACGUGAACAACAACAAUGGGAUCCUGUGGAAUAUCGAGAUGUUACUAUCGCUUUGAUAUAG